UUUAGCGACUCUUGGUCUUCUUCUUCGGACAUGGCACAUUCUCUAACCUCACUCGCUGUUUUCCAGAGCGUCAUCCGUAAAGAGUUGGUGAGGAGUUUGCAUGUGUAUGGAUCUGUGGAGACUGAGAGAGAGUUCUUGUUCGAGAGCCAAAGCCCUUAUGUGGAGCAGGAGAAACCGGAGCCUCUGUUUCUUUCCGAAGAUUUCCGGCCACCGGAGGACAUCUCGGAAGGUUCGGUUUUUGGCACGUGGCGUUGCAUCUUCUUGUUCCGGUUUAAUCAGCCGCUUCCUCUUCCUCGGUUUCCUACUCUUCUCUGCCUUUCACGAAACCCUAAGCUGAAGGACAUCCCUAAUUUAGCCAAUGACCUCAAGUUUAUUUCUGAAUUAACACCGAAGACACCAUCAGAUCAGGAACUAUGCAGUAGUGUCGAAUCUCGUGAAUUCAAUCAGCCUAAACCGCUAAAACGUGUCUUUAAAGAAGAUAGUGUUCAAGAUUGUGAGGUUGAUCAGCCUAAACCGCGAAAGAUUGUCCUCAAACAAGAUCUUAACUGCCUUCCUGAUUCAGAAACCGAAUCCGAAUCCGAGCAAGAAUCUGAAAACGAAAUAACUGAACAUUCCGAAUCAGAUGCAAAGACUGAGAUGUUGAGGACGAAGAGGACACCAUCAAAGAUCGUUGCUGGACUUUCCUUAGAAGAUCUUUCAAAAUACUUUUGUCUUACUAUCGUGGAAGCUUCUCGUAAUCUCAAUGUCGGUCUCACGGUUUUGAAAAAGAAAUGCAGAGAGUUUGGGAUUCCCCGGUGGCCUCAUAGGAAGAUCAAAUCUCUCGACAGCCUCAUCCACGAUCUUCAGAGGGAAGCAGAGAGGCAGCAGGAAAUGAGCGAAGCAACAGCAAUGGCGGUAGCUAAGAGACAGAAGAAACUGGAGACAGAGAAGAAGAAUAUAGUGGAGAAACCAUUUAUGGAGAUACAGAAAGAAACCAAAAGGUUCAGGCAAAUCAACUUCAAAAAGAGACACAGAGCUUCCAGAGCCAAGAAGAAUCAAGAAUCUCUUGUCUCUUCCUCUUCUACUUAAGAAAAAAAGAAACAAGAUUUUAGGCCUUAUAACAGAAUCAUCGAACAUAUUUAGUUAGUUAGGGUUUCUGUUAUGAAGUGAUUUGGUAUUUAGGAGUAACAACAGAUCGCUAAGCUAAAGCCAUGUUUGUUUGAAUAUUUUUUGGUGUAAGGAGUUCCGAGAAGGUGAGGAACGUCCUGUAUCAUGACUUUUUUUUUGUGGUCGGAAAUCGGAAUUAAAAUCUAUCUUGUUUUUUUUU